AUGUGGAUAGUAUGUGAAGGGGCUGCAAGUUGUCUCGAUAGUGAACAUGGAUGUUAUACUUCUCACCUUACAUCACCUGUUACUGAUUCCCUUUCUAGAGAAGAAUGGAGCACUCCUGUUUAUGAUGUACUGUUAUCACCCAAACAGGCUAUCCGUGUUGCUACACUGAAGCGCCGCUUUGCAGAUACUAUCCGUAAAGCACAAAAUGAAACACUUUUGGACCAGGGUGUGAAAAUGAAGAUGCAAAAGGAAAGGGAAAGGAAGCAGCAUGAAGCUUUAUUUCUAGCUUUUAUAAAUGUUGCAUUUUGCUUCAUUUACACUGUUGUGGGAGCUGCAAGAAUGAAAGCCAAUGAAGCGUUUAAGCAGCAAAGAGAAAAAGAAAGAGAAGCUGAACGAGUCAGAAUACAAAAGAUUGAAAGAACUGUUGAGAUACAGAAUGACUUGACGAUUUGGGAGGAGCUUAAAAUGUUGUGUGGGGGUAAGUUGUGUUAUGGAGACUUCAGCAGUAAACAUUGCUCUAGAGUUGCAAUGGAUAAAUCUCAUGCUCAAAACCCACUCGAGCGGCUUGGUUUAUUUUUCAAGGAUGACUAUAUUACCUCAAAUGAAGAUGUGGAGGAUUUGAAUGAUUUGUGUUGA